AUAUAUAUACACACACACAAGCACAAUAUGCCAUGUUAAAAUAAAAUUGAGAACUAUAAAAAAAAAUGGCAUUGUAAUUGAAGAGAGAGAAACGCCAUGGAUGUGAGCUCGUUCUUGACGUCGCUGGGGACGUCGUUUGUGAUAUUCGUGGUGUUGAUGCUUCUCUUCACGUGGCUUUCGAGGCGACCCGGCAACCGCCUCGUCUACUAUCCGAAUCCGAUCCUCAAAGGAUUGGACCCGACCGAGGCUUUCCGGGUCACCCGCAACCCGUUUGCGUGGAUCCGGGAAGCCGUCUCCUCCACUGAGGCUGAUGUCAUCACACAUUCCGGCAUUGAUACAGCUGUCUAUUUUGUAUUCCUCACCACCGCACUGGGAAUAUUGGUUUUGUCGGCGGUCGUCCUUCUACCUCUGCUUCUUCCCGUUGCUUAUACUGGUCGCGCCAUUGCAACCUCCAAUGAAACCACCAUUGAAGGAUCCAUGGCUGAAGCCGACAAGCUAUCCAUGGAGAAUAUUGCAGACAAGAGCCCUCGGUUAUGGGCGUUUGUGGUAGCUACGUAUUGGGUAUCUUUUGUCACAUACUACCUCUUAUGGCAAGCGUACAAACAUGUCUCCGACAUGAGGGCUUCGGCCCUCAUGUCGACUCAUGUGAAGAAUGAGCAGUUUGUUGUCCUUGUCCGGGACAUACCUGCUCCCCCCGACGGCCUGACUCGCAGGGAACACGUCGAUUCCUAUUUCAAGGCGAUCUAUCCACAUACGUAUUACAGCUCUAUGGUCGUCACAGACAUCAGAAAGGCCAACAAGAUUUACCAAGAGCUGGAAGGCUACAGAAGGAAGCUCGCGCGCGCACAAGCCAUACAAGGAAAGCGGCCCACGCUCGAAGCCGAGCAGAAGGCCACCCUGCGAGACAAGCAGCAGCCCGCGGCCGUGGUCUUCUUCAACGACCGGGCGGCGGCCGCCGCGGCCGCGCAGAGCCUCCACGACGUCACCGUGGAUCAUUGGACCGUGACGGACGCGCCCGAGCCCCGCCAGCUGCUAUGGUCCAAUCUCGCCAUGAAUUUCUACGCGAGGCUGAUUCGCCGAUACCUCGUCUACUCACUGGUUCUCGUCGGCAUCUUCUUCUACAUGAUACCCGUCGGCAUGGUCUCGGCGAUGUCCACGCUGGAGAACCUGAAGAAGCUGCUCCCCGUCUUGACGCCGUUGCUCGAGCAGCCGGCGGUGGGGGCGAUCGUCGGGGCCUACCUGCCUCCAAGAGGCUUUCCUAGAAGUGCUACUCUCUUCUUGACGUUUGUGGCUUUGAAGUUCUUUGUGGGCUAUGGGGUUGAGUUGUCAAGGAUCUUUCCUUUAAUAGUGUUUCAUAUGAGGAGGAAGUUUGUAGGCAAGACUGAAGCAGCUGCGGGAAAUCUUAAGUAUGGGACUAGAUUUCCUGAUGAUAUGCUCAUUCUCACCAUCGUCCUCUGCUACUCUGUCAUGGCUCCCAUAAUUCUUCUAUUCGGAGUCAUGUACUUCGCUUUGGGAUGGCUCGUGCUACGGAAUCAGGUGCUGAAAGUGUACGUGCCUUCGUACGAGAGCUACGGGCGGAUGUGGCCCCACAUGUAUAACCGCGUCAUGGCGGCGUUGAUCCUCUGCCAGCUCACCAUGCUCUGCUACUGCAGCGCCAAAAAAUUCCUCUACACUCCGCUUCUCGUUCUGCUUCUCAUUCUCAGCCUCCUCUUCGCUUACUUCUGCACGACCAAGUACUACCGCUUCUUUCAGUCCACGGCGCUCGACGUUGCGUGCCGUGAACUCGACGAGCCUCCAAACAUGGAGGAGGUCUUCCGCUCCUACGUCCCGCCGUGCUUGACAUCGUUCGAUUUCGACGACGAUGCUCUGUCUCACGUUUCUGUAUCAGCUUCUCUGCUUUGAUUUCUUCAUAUUUUCCACUACCUGUGUUGUUCACUUGUGGUGUGGUGUGGUGUAUAUAGUUGUACAAAAUUUGCUUUGUUAUUUCCCUGCCAAAAUUGGUGUGUAUUUGUGGAAUUUAGACAUCAAAUUGCACUCUUUGUUCCUCGUUUUA